AUGUCACUUGUCGCCAACUAUGGUAGCUCUGAUUCAGAGUCAUCGGAUGUCGAGUCAUCAACGCCUACUCCUUCCAUUGCAAAGUCGACUUCGAAGAGUGCACUUGGAUCACUCCUACCACCACCCAAAUCAGCCAACAAAUCCAACACUUCAAAGCCUGUUAUAUAUGUCGAUUUACCCAAAGGUGGUCAAUCAGACGAUGAGGAAGAGCAACAAGCUAAACGAGCAAAGCGACAAAAGGUCAACACAUCGGGUGCUUCAAAUCUAGCAUCGUUAUUACCUGCACCCAAACGUGGCGGCUAUACUUUUUCACGCAACAAACCAACCACCACCACUGCUACAAGCAAACCAUCCAUUGCAGAUACACUUGAGCAGAGCUUGACAGCACGAGGCGAAAGUAGUUCAAAUGCAAAGAAAGCCGAGCCUAUUGCCGAGAAGAAGCAGGUCGAGGCACCAUUGGAACCCGAGGAUGAGCAACAACAGGAACCAGAGUCGAUGCAGGGACAAGAACAAGAAGAAGAGGAGGAUGUGCCACUCGAUCAUUCGGGUCCUUUCUUCAGAUUAGGUGCCGAACUCAAGUCAAAACCAUCAUUCACCAAGAAUACGACAACAUCCAAAAAGACAUCAUCAUCAUCAUCAUCAUCAACAUCUGUGGCUCAGGUUGCAUCAGCAUCACAAUCUCGUCCACAACAACAAAUACAGCAGCAGCAGCAACAACAACCAUCACAACCACAACAGACAGCAGUUGACAUGUAUGCAUAUACCAAUCCAGAUCCCAAUGCCAUGUAUUCGUACGAUCCCAACACCUAUUAUCAAUAUUAUCAGUAUUGGCAACAGCAACAAGAACAGCAACAGUCAUCUGAUGAUACAGCAGCAGCAGCAGCACAAGGUGGCACAUCUGACGAUCCCUUUGCUGAUAUGGAUGAUGCAACGUAUACACGGCUUACUGGCAAGAGGAAACAACGUGAUACGGGCGUAAAGAUCAAGACGAUCAAUCAACAAGAUAUGCUCCCAACGGACGAUUUCCAUCAACGCAUGAAGCAAAUGCAGGCACCCAAGUUUAUGACCAAUGCAGCACAGCUAUCGGCGAGCGGAUUGCAACGUAAAAAGAACAACAUCAUGGCUCUGGCAGCUCAAGCACAAAGCAUGCAAGAACAGCUCAAUGAGCAAUAUGCAUCGAGUCGCAAUACACAAAUGGAAGCACGAAGGAAAUAUGGUCAUUCUGCAGGAUUAUCCUAA